AUGCUUGCCUCUUCGCCGUCGUCAUCCUCAGUGACCAUCCCUACUCCUGGCAAGUCCAUUCUGAAACGCCCCCCGCCACCACAGCAGUCGUUCUUCUCGCUCGCUCGACUAUCCAAAUUGUUACCGAACCAGAACGGACAGCAGCUCAAUGGCGUGCAAGAUGAGACUGCGACGCUCAAGAGAGCGCAUUUUAUCCUUCCCGAGAUGACCACCGUCUACCCGAUAUCCGCUGCGAACCCUCCUUCGACUCCAGCUCUCAAAGAAGAGAAACGAUCCAUUGAAGAACGGGAAGCCGAGCGCAGACGGCGGGUCGUGCGUGGAAAUUCUCAAAUUUCGGAUGUAAACGCGAACUCGCAGGACGUAUGGUGGUCCCUCGAAAAGGUCGAGUCGUUCUACAGAGAAUGCUGCGAAGGACGGGAGGAAAGUCCAGAUCUGGGAAUCUCUGAUGCAUUGAAGCGCGCCACCGGCACUAAUCCCCGCACGGCCGACUUCUCUGGGGUUCAAAUGACUGUGGGAUCAGCGUCCGUGUUGUCGGAUGUUUUCACCAUCGAGUGGGGUCUUCGCAAACUUGUCUUCAAGGAAUGCGACUUGGAUGAUUUGAUUCUUAAACCAAUUCUGCAUUCGCUGCUCAUCCCUGAUAGCCUGUCCUUCCUUUCAGUUGCGUCUAACAAACGGCUAAAGGCUUCGGCUUUCCGGCUUCUCGGUGCGUACGUCGCAAAGGCGAAAAGCCUGCAGUUCCUCGAUCUGUCACAGAAUUCACUAGACAAGAAAUCCAUCGAAUACAUCGCAAGCGCACUGUCGGAAGCCCCGAUGCCAGGACUUGUAUCGCUACGACUCGAUGAUUGUUCGUUGAGACCAGCUGCGUUGGAUGCACUGGCGAACACCGUACGGAAAUCUUCCUUGCGAAAUAUUUCAUUGCGACUGAAUCGCAUUAACGCGACGGGCGCGGUUGCAAUUGCGCUUAUGAUCAGGGACUAUCCUGAUCGGUACCCCUCCAACGGCAACGGUAUAAGUAGUCCUACUGCGAUAUCGCCGACGUCUGCAUCCGGCCCGAGUUUCAGUUCAGCUCUACUUUCACCACCCUCGACGCCUACCAUCCCUUUGUCGCCAGCGUCGAGCUAUGACGGAACGAUCACUCCCCCACCACCCCCACGCGCUGGCCCACUUCCUCCACCUCCACGUCAUCCAGCAACAGGGCCCCAGACAACGUACACGCCGUACGUCCCUCGUUCCCGCCGUGCGGCAGCCAAUGUGACCACCGCAGUAGUGGCGGCAAAUACAAAUCCUUUGUCCCCGACAGGCCAGCAGGUUCCGAUUAUCACUUCAUCGGCGCAGGGAGGUGUAACGGCACGUCAUCCUGUCCCUCCAUCGCCAGGGAUGUCCGGGCCUGGACAUGCACCGGGAUUGCCACCGCGGUACGAUCGUGGUCCAAGUGCAGCGCUAUUAGAUAAGGUCCGCGCAUUGGAUAACCUGCCUAGACUGGGCGCGCUGAGGACGCUGGACUUGAAAGGAAAUGAUAUUCGAGCGGGGAUUACCUACAUUGCUCAGGUACUCAAGCGGAAUAGGACUCUGAAAGUCCUGAAUCUCAGUGAGAACAAGCUAGACGUCCAAGGCUUAAUCGCGAUUGCUGAGGCACUGAAAUACAACUCAUGCCUGGAGACACUAGAUCUUAGUAAGAAUCCAUGUUGUGGACCUGGUCUCGAAGGGAUUCAAUCCUUGCGCACUGCGUUCACCCUUAAUGAUGCCUUGAAACGCCUAUUUCUAUCCUCGACAUCAAUGACUUCUGUCGGUGCCAUUGCUCUGGCCGAGUUUCUCCCGGAAUCGACGUCACUUUUGCACCUGGACCUUACCUUGAACCAUCUGGAUCUUGCGGGUGUCAUGGCGUUAAAUUCUGGGCUAAAGGCGAAUCACAUCAUGAGAUGCUUAGACUUGAAUAUUCCUCCCGGAGACGAGGAAAUGGCACGACUAUGUCGAGAUAUUUUGAACUCUUGUGUUCGAAACACCGAAGAAGCGGAGAAGAGUUCGCAGUCGUCCAGUUCCGAGGGCGGAAGCGGUCGGGGACAGGGCAAGGGGGUGUGGGGCAUGAUCGAAGAGAGCGAACUGGCCAAAUCACUUCGGCAGGACGACGAGAAAAAGGUUGAUGACCUUGUUGACAAUUCGCCCGUUCCUUCUGAAGCUUCGACUGACGUGCCUUCCGCGGAACAACAGACAGAAUCAGCUGUGAUCGUGCAGGCCCGUAUACUUAAAGGACAACUCGAUGAGCUUCUCGCCCGCUCUCCAUCGUCUUCCUCUGCCCCUGCUGCCCCGAUACAAAGCGCUGUCGCAACCUUGGCUGCUGGAGUCAAAGAGGUGCAGAAGUCGCUCUUGAUCAUGAUUGAAAAGAGCACGGAGCCUGCGCGUCUACAGGAGCUGCUGAGUCUGAACGACGACCUGACUUCGUCCCUCGCGCGUUGCACGCCGCAAAAGCCGAGCCUCACGCUAAAUGGCUUAGGCUUCCGCGUAGGAAACGGCAAGGCGAAUAGUUCUGUUGGGAUGUCGCCUGGGAACGGACAUGCAAUGCAAUUUGGUGCAGCUGGAGAAGAUAGCGAAGAAGAUGUCGUCACGCCACGCAUUGAUAAAGGUAAGGGGAGGGCUGAGCCGGAGCCUGAAGAGCCUGAGAAGGUCCUCAGCCCGAGCGCGACUUUCUUAAUUAGCGAAUCGGAUGAUGAGGAUGGGGAGCGCCAAUUGGUUGCUCCCCCGCCCGACGGCCUAGUAUCCCCGACGGACCUUAGAUCACGCAGCUGGGUCGAGGAGGAGGGCGAGGUGUUCCGUAAAGGCACCGUCUUGCUCGGACCCGAAGAGAUGGAGGGAGAGUAUGAUGGAGAAGAGCUCAGGAGAGAGGCAAGUCCAAGCUAG